GUUUUUGAGGAGCCAAUGGAUCCACCGAUCCUCAACGUGCCUAGUGAAAUCUGCAUCAACAUGCAGGCUGGCCUUGUGAGGGACUCCGUGAAGGUAGAUACCAGCGACCUUACUUUGCGCACACUGAAGGAAUACGCCUGCAACUUCAUCGAUCGAAAGUUUCCCGACCAUGGUUUGAACCGACUGACAGAGAGGUUGUACCUCUUUCGACACGACUACACUUCAGAAAACAUGCUACUGCCAAUAAAAGCCGUUUCCGAUGUCUCGGAAGGAUCUCUCAUUGAGAUUGUCGUUUCAGCAAACCCUCCGUCGGAUACGGUCCAAAUUCGCCCGCAUUCUCUAAUCAUCCACUCGUACAAAUCUCCAACAUUUUGUGAUUUUUGCGGCGAAAUGCUCUUUGGUCUCUUUCACCAGGGUCUCAAAUGCGAAGGCUGCGGUCUGAAUUACCACAAACGCUGCGUCUAUAAGAUUCCCAACAACUGCACUCACGGUCGACGUCGUCGCUCCUCUACUUACCUAAUACCCCUCAGUCCUACCGGUGAUCCGGUCCAACGAACGACCAGCUCCGGAUCGCUCAUAAGCGACAUCAAAAACAGCAAUUUACUCGGAACAUCGCCUGUUCGUGAGCGGCGGCAAAUGUCUACCUCGACCAGCAUCGUUUCCAGUAGCUCUUCUCAAUCAAAUGUCUCUGGUCGACCAGCCUGGGUGGAGAAAGAAUUGGCUGACCGAAUUCGAGUUCCACACACUUUUGUGGUUCAUUCGUACAAACUGCCCACGGUUUGUCAGUACUGCAAAAAGCUGCUGAAGGGCAUUUUCAAGCAAGGCUACCAAUGCAAAGACUGCAAGUUUAAUGCGCACAAAAAGUGCAUCGACAAGGUGCCAAUGAACUGUGCGGGAGAAGCGCCAAAGGAGUGGCAGGAAAGAGAAUGGCUGGAGAAUCCCAAAGAUGAGUACGCCGAUGAUAUGAACAAUGAAUCGGACGUUGAGUGCGACAACAGUGCACUGGAUAACAAGUUUGACUUGAAGGCAGAAGACAGCGGUAUCAAUGUGAGCAUCAACCUGCCCAGUCCGGUCAACAAUGGACACGACAUUGCAGGGAUAGACGACGAGUGCCAACAGAAUAAACAUGUCAGUUUAUUUUUCAUACUGAUUGUUAUUUCAUCAUUUAGCGAUACAAGCAGCAGCAACAUUAAGUUGAUGAGAAUUGUGCAAAGUGUGAAGCACGUGAAGCGACGUGGAUCAAAAGUGCUUAAAGAAGGAUGGGUCAGCCACUACACAAACAAAGACCAAACUAAACGAGACCAUUACUGGCGUCUGGACACAAAAGCAAUUACUAUGUUCAAGGAUGCCGUUUCUUCCAGCUACUUCAAGGAGAUUCCACUUUCUGAAAUUCUGCAGAUUAUCUCAAACAACAACGCCUCUGCCAACAACAAUGUGAGCAGCCCAUUUCCGUACACCUUUGAGUUGAAAACUCAAAAUGUGAGCUACUACGUUGGCGACAAUGGCGAUGCUGCUCGCUCUUGGGAGCACUCACUGCGACAAGCUCUGAUGCCAGUUCUGUCCUCAGGAGAAAACAAGGAGAUCUCCAGAAACAACCAACGACCGGCGGUCAACAACGGCAACAACUACCCAAUUGAUGAGAACCAGAAUCAGAAUGCAGACAUUUUACAACAGUAUCAUAUCUUUAUUGAUGAAAUACUAGGCGCUGGACAGUUUGGCACCGUCUACAGCGGCGUUCAUCGCACAAGUGGCCAGGCAGUGGCCAUUAAAAUCAUCGACAAGUCUCGCUUCCCGACCAAACAAGAGGCUCAACUGAAAAAUGAGGUUUCCAUUCUCCAGAACAUCUCUCACCCGGGUGUCGUCAAUCUGGAGAGAAUGUUUGAGAAUCCAAUGAAUAUUUACGUUGUCAUGGAAAAGCUCAGUGGCGACAUGCUGGAGAUGAUACUGAACAGUGAACAGGGCAAAUUGUCGGAGCGAGUCACUAAAUUUUUAAUUUACCAAAUUCUGGUUGCUUUGCGAUACUUGCACUCUCAAAACAUUUGCCAUUGUGAUUUAAAGCCAGAGAAUGUUUUGCUCUCUUCCAACUGCGAGUUUCCACAAGUAAAGCUUUGUGAUUUUGGAUUUGCACGCAUCAUUGGAGAGAAAUCAUUUCGUCGCAGUGUCGUCGGCACCCCCGCAUAUCUUGCACCUGAAGUUCUUCGAAACAAGGGCUACAAUCGAUCUCUUGACAUGUGGUCAGUUGGCGUGAUCAUCUACGUAAGUUUAUCAGGAACAUUUCCAUUCAACGAUGGAGAAGAUAUUCAAGAUCAAAUUACUAAUGCUGCAUUUAUGUACCCACCUGAAACCUGGCAAGACAUUUCACGCCAUGCUGUGUAUCUGAUUGACAACUUGCUUAAAGUCAAAAGACGCCUGCGUUACAGCGUUGACAGAUCACUCAAUGAUCCAUGGCUUGAUGAUUACAAUGUGUGGUGCGAUUUGAGGCGGCUAGAAAUGAGACUUAAAGUACGUUGGCUUACGCACGAGUCAGACGAGGAACGCUGGGAAGCAUAUCGUGAGAAACACAAGCUGCCAGUGAACGACUUUGGGCCAAUUAUCAGCAGUUUAUAUCACGAGGAGCACUCGAACGACGAUGAGAAUCGUGAUAAGUUCACUACAGGCAAUUCAUUUCGGCGUUCCCGUCCUGAAGUGAACAACACCAAUGGAAACUCGCCCGGUUGUGCUGCCAACAAUAAUGGUGGCCAAUUCCCUUUCCACAACGACACUGCAAAUAGCCGGCUCUGA